AGCAAAGAGUGAACCAAACUGUGUAAUUGUGGGUAGAGAGUAGAGACUAGGAAGGAAUAUCCACUUCUAUUUGACUAAUAACCCUAAAAACUCAUCUGUAAAAAUUGGCCCUUUCUUUCUGUUCUUCUUCUUUCUCUCUAAACCCCUUUACUUUACAUACCCUAACUUCUUUUGCGUUCUCCUUCUCCCAUGGCGACUAACGAACCCGCCGUGAACGGCGUCGCAAAGGCGCCGGAAUCGGUCUUGCAAUCUCUUGUUCCCACCAAUACGGUAACCGAAACGGGGGCGACUACUACCUCCGCCUCUGAGGCCGAAACAGCGGUGGCACCCUCUACUGAGUCCCAACUAGAGUCCGCCUCAGCUCCCCCGUCAGCUACCAUUACCGCCGCUGACAAGAGAUGGCCUGGUUGGCCGGGAGAUUGCGUGUUCAGGCUCAUUGUUCCGGUGGUCAAGGUAGGUAGCAUCAUUGGUCGUAAGGGGGAGCUUAUCAAGAAGAUGUGCGAAGAGACGCGUGCACGAAUUCGAGUUCUUGAUGGCGCCGUAGGCACUCCUGAUCGAAUCGUGUUGAUAUCGGGAAAGGAAGAGCCAGAUAUUACACUUUCGCCAGCAAUGGAUGCUGUUAUAAGGGUGUUUAAACGUGUCUCGGGAUUAUCUGAGAGUGAGGUUGAUGGCAAAGUGCCUGGAGCUGCUGGAGCUGCAUUCUUUUCAAUUCGAUUGUUGGUUGCAUCCACACAAGCGAUAAAUUUAAUUGGAAAACAAGGUUCAUUGAUUAAAUCCAUACAGGAGAAUUCGGGUGCAUCUGUCAGAGUAUUGUCAGGAGAUGAGGUGCCAUACUAUGCUGUUGCAGAUGAAAGAAUUGUUGAGUUGCAGGGUGAAGGGUUGAAGGUUCUCAAAGCUCUGGAAGCAGUAAUUGCACAUCUGAGGAAAUUUUUAGUUGAUCAUAGUGUUCUUCCACUUUUUGAGAAGAAAACUUACAAUGUGCCAUCCUCACAAGAACAACAUGUAGAGACCUGGGCAGACAAGCCAUUAGCUCACGGUGCUUCUCAAACUGGACUUGCAGCUAAUUAUCCUCUAUCAGCAACGAGGGAAUCUUUGUUUCUUGAUCGUGAAAAUCAAUUGGAAUCACAGAUUCCAUCAGCUCGAAUUUCUCUAUAUGGACAAGAUCCGUCACUUCCUGGAAUUCGUUCUUCAGGCCUUGGAUCCUCAGGCCUCGGUUCUUCAAGUCUUAGUUCCUCAGGUCUCGGUUCCUCAGGUCUCGGUUCUUCAGGUCUCGGUUCCUCAGGUCUCGGUUCUUCAGGUCUCGGUUCCUCAGGUCUCGGUUCCUUAGGUCUCGGUUCCUCAGGUCUCGGUUCUUCAGGACUCGGUUCUUCAGGUCUCGGUUCUUCAAGUCUCGGUCGUACUGGUGCUCCCAUUGUUACUCAGAUUGCACAAACUAUGCAAAUUCCACUUGCUUAUGCGGAAGACAUUAUUGGCAUUGAAGGAUCUAAUAUUGCAUACAUUCGGCGUACCAGUGGAGCCAUUCUAACUGUGCAAGAGAGUAUGGGGCUUCCUGAUGAAAUCACUGUGGAAAUCAAAGGCACCUCAACACAAGUUCAGUUGGCUCAACAACUAAUUCAGGAAGUUAUGAGCAAUCACAAAGAAUCACUUUCGAGUAGCUAUGGUAGGAUAGAUACUACUGGAUUGAGAUCUUCGUACUCUCAAUUGAGCAGCUCUUCCUACCCUCCGACUUCAUUACCGUCACAGCCCUACAAUGGUGGAUAUGGGUCUUCCAAUCUUGGAGGUUACAGUACAUUCAGGCUUUGAAAUGGUAAAUCCACAUACUAAUUGGCAGUUUCUCCCAUGAGGUAUUUAUUACCACCGAAUUAAACUCUGAAUAGGAAAAAAAAAGGAAGGAAAUUUGAUGGUAAGUCUAAAGCAUCUGUAAAGUUUCCCCAUAGUGAGUCCGGCAUUUUUUUUAAGUGGUGUAUCUUGGUCGUUCUUCCAGUGCUGGUACUCUGUUAGGUUGGAUAGAAGCUUGGAAAGGAAUACAGAGGAAUGCAAUGUAGUAGUUUUAGCUUCAUGAUUCUGUGCAGUAAAUCUUAGAAGUUGCAUGUGGGGGAGGGCAAGGGGUUUUGUGACCAGAACUUGGGAAUUCUGCAAGACUUAUUUGUUUGUUAAAUUUAUUUAUAUAGUUCGAUUCGAUGAUUAUUUAUUUUGA